AUGCGUGCUAUUCUUGGCCUCCUCUUCUCGGCCGCUGCCGCCAUGGCAGAAAAGUUUACAAACCCUGUUAUUUGGGAAGAUCUCUCUGAUGUUGAAGUCACUCGGGCUGGAGAUGCCUACUUCAUGACCGCUUCGACAUUCCACUACUCCCCCGGCGCUCCAGUCCUUCGAUCCUACGAUCUCGUCAACUGGGAGCACAUUGGACAUUCCGUCCCUGUUCUCGACUGGUCCUCCAAGUACAGCCUUGAGAACGGGCAGCGAGCCUACGUCAAGGGUAUCUGGGCUUCUUCUCUCCGCUAUCGAGAGAGCGACGGAAAGUUCUACUUCGUUGCUUGCAUUGAGUUCGGAAAGACUUAUGUCUACAGCGCGUCGAGCCCAACUGGCCCGUGGUCUCAGAUCACAACCAUCAACAAGUGCUAUUACGAUGCUGGUCUGCACUUCGAUACUGAUAACACUCCUUACGUUGCCUAUGGACGAGGUGAUCUUCACAUUGCCCAGCUCUCCAAGGACAUGAAGACCGAAGUCAAGGAACAGGUUGUCCUCUCACCGCCAUCGACGCUUACUCUUGAGGGAUCUCGCUUGUACAAGAAAGACAACAACUGGUACAUCUUCUUGACACGUCCUGCUACCGGACAAUACAUCGCCAAAUCGACCAACGGUCCCUUCGGAUCUUAUGACCUCCGCAUCAUCGCCGAUAACCUCAAACUAGCUACCGCUCCUCGAGCUGGAGCACCUCACCAAGGCGGACUUAUCGAUACACCCAACGGCAACUGGUACUACAUGUCUUUCGUGGACAUGUACCCUGGCGGAAGAGCACCAGCUUUGGCGCCUAUCACCUGGGGCAGCGAUGGCUUUCCCAAGAUCACUCUCGUCAAUGGCCAAUGGGGCAACUACGACUACCCACUUCCUAAACGCACUGUUCCCAGCCCUAUUGGUACUGAUACCUUCACUGGUCCCAGCCUCCGAGCAGAUUGGGAGUGGAAUCAUAACCCUGACACCAAGAGCUUCACUGUCAACAACGGCUUGACCUUGAAGACUGCUACUGUUACCAAGGACUUGUAUCAAGCUCGUAACACCCUUACCCACCGAAUUCGGGGUCCUCAGGGAACCGGCACAGUCCUCAUCGACUUCUCCAAGAUGGCCGAUGGUGAUCGUACUGGUCUUGCCGUUCUUCGCGACUCAUCAGCCUGGAUCGGCAUCGAACGUGAAGGAAGCAACUUCAACCUCGUCUUCAACACUGGCCUCAGCAUGAACACUGACUGGACCACCAAGUCCACUGGAAGUGUUUCAGCUCGACAGAACAAUGUUUCCUUCCGCAAGGUGUAUCUCCGUGUCACUGCUAAUAUCAGCCCUGGUGCUGCUGGAUCUGCUGUGUUCAGUUAUAGCACCGACGGUAAUAGCUUUACCAACUUCGGGUCCACAGUCUCGCUUGGUAAUGAUUGGCAGUUCUUCCCCGGACAUCGUUAUGGUAUUCUUAACUAUGCUACAAAGAGUCUCGGUGGAUCCGUGCUUGUUUCGCGAUUCGAUAACAAAUAA